AAGGAGGGUUUCGGGUCAGUGGAGAAGGUUGUGCUGCUCACGUUUCUCUCGGCGGUUAUCCUGAUGGCCAUCCUGGGGAACCUGCUGGUGAUGGUGGCCGUGUGCAGGGACAGGCAGCUCAGGAAAAUAAAAACCAAUUAUUUCAUUGUAUCUCUUGCUUUUGCGGAUCUGCUGGUUUCCGUGCUGGUGAUGCCCUUUGGUGCCAUUGAGCUGGUUCAAGACAUCUGGAUUUAUGGGGAGAUGUUUUGCCUUGUCCGGACAUCUCUAGACGUCUUGCUUACAACGGCAUCGAUUUUCCACCUGUGCUGCAUUUCCCUGGAUAGGUAUUACGCCAUCUGCUGCCAGCCUUUGGUCUAUAGGAACAAGAUGACCCCUCUGCGCAUCGCAUUAAUGCUGGGAGGCUGCUGGGUCAUCCCCACAUUUAUUUCUUUCCUCCCUAUAAUGCAAGGCUGGAAUAACAUUGGCAUAAUUGAUCUGAUAGAAAAAAGGAAGUUCAACCACAACUCUAAUUCUACGUAUUGUAUCUUCAUGGUCAACAAGCCCUACGCCAUCACUUGCUCUGUGGUGGCCUUCUACAUCCCGUUCCUCCUCAUGGUGCUGGCCUAUUAUCGCAUCUAUGUCACAGCUAAGGAACACGCCCGUCAGAUCCAGAUGUUACAACGGGCAGGAGCCCCCUCCGAGGGCAGGCUGCAGCCGGCAGACCAGCACAGCACUCAUCGCAUGAGGACAGAGACCAAAGCGGCCAAGACCCUGUGCAUCAUCAUGGGUUGCUUCUGCCUCUGCUGGGCUCCAUUCUUUGUCACCAAUAUUGUGGAUCCUUUCAUAGACUACACUGUCCCUGGGCAGGUGUGGACCGCUUUCCUCUGGCUUGGCUAUAUCAAUUCUGGGUUGAACCCCUUUCUCUACGCCUUCUUGAAUAAGUCUUUUAGACGUGCCUUCCUCAUCAUCCUCUGCUGUGAUGAUGAGCGCUAUCGAAGACCUUCCAUUCUGGGCCAGACUGUCCCCUGUUCAACCACAACCAUUAACGGAUCCACACAUGUACUAAGGACAGAUUUUCUGUUUGGCAGAGGCAUUUCAGCAAAGCACUGUAUAAAGCCUGCCAGGGUGGAUCCAUUCUCAGGCACAGUGAGUGUUAAGUGUUUGACUGUAAGGAAGCCUGUCAUGGUGGAUGCAGUGGAGUGUGGUGGCCAAUGGGAGAGUCAGUGCCACCCCCCAGCAACUGCUCAUUUGGUGGCUGCUCAGCCCAGUGACACUUAGGCCCCUGGGGCACUGACCCAGAAGACAGCCGUGCCUCCGAGGGAGGGCCCGGUCCCGAGCCGCUGCUCGUGCGCGACUGCACCCGGUGUUCGCCCGCGGCCUCCGUCCGCCCGUGCGGGCCCCCCAGCACCCCGGGCUUUCCCUCCGAGAUUCCAGCAGGUGGCGCUCGAGGGAGGCGGGAGGCAGGACGGCCUCCUCGU